GCCUGAUAGACAAUACUCUCACACGCUGACUCAGUCACAAAGUCAGACAGAGCAACAGAGGGCUUUAAUAUCUUGAAAUCUGCUUUAUGCUUUAUUGCUCGGAGUCUAUCUGCAGCCUUAACUGUGGACGAAAGCCUUGACAGCAUGAGCAUGUCCAGCCUCCUCACCCUCAGCAACCUGGGAAAGAUCUGCGGCUCCAGCCACAGCAAUGAAAUGGUAGUAUUGGACCGGGUCAAGAGGAAAAACUCAGUCAGGCGAAUGUCAAUUAUUGAAGAUGGUGAAAUUGCAGAGGUUCUCUACCUUAUUCCUAAACAGUCCAUGAUGGAGCAGCUGCCUUUCAUCAACCCCAACGACUACCUCCUGUGUGAGAAGUUGGACGGUAUUCCUGCAAAGAUGUCUGUGCUACAUGCUCAGGAUGGCUGCCACCCAUGCUCUCCACGGGGGAAGCGGGUCAUCCAGUGCUUCAGGUGUGGGGAGCCAUGCAAGGGAGAGGUGCUGCGAGUCCAGACCAGCUACUUCCACAUUAAGUGCUUUACCUGCAAGGUGUGUGGCUGUGACCUGGCUCAUAGUGGCUUCUUCAUGAAGAACAGUGACUACCUCUGCCCGCUGGACUUCCAGAGACUUCACGGCACGCUCUGCAACAACUGUGGGGAAUUUGUGGAGGGACAGGUGGUCACAGUUUUGGGGAAGACUUACCAUCCAGCCUGCUUUGUGUGCACCGUUUGCAAACAGCCCUUUCCUGCAGGGGAUUGUGUCACCUUCAGCGGAAAGGACUGCCUCUGUCAGCGCUGUAUCCAACCCGCGUCUCCUACUAACGGCAUCAGCUCUUCCAGUAACUGUUCUGGUUGUGGUAGAGACAUCAAGAACGGCCAGGCUCUGUUAGCCCUGGACAGCAAGUGGCACCUUGGCUGCUUCAAGUGUAAAACCUGCAGGAGAGUGCUGAGCGGGGAAUAUAUCAGCAAGGAUGGGGUGCCCUAUUGUGAGAGAGACUACCAGAUUCAGUUUGGGGUACAAUGUGAAGAAUGUCAGAAGUUUAUAACUGGAAAGGUCCUAGAGGCAGGGGAGAAACAUUAUCACCCCAGCUGUGCGAGAUGCAGCCGAUGUAACAAAAUGUUCACAGAAGGCGAAGAAAUGUAUCUGCAAGGAUCAACAGUUUGGCACCCAGACUGCAGAGACAGCAACAGAACUGAGGACAGUUACAUGGUCAGCAGGCCAAAAACACCUUGUCUUGAUUUCUUUUUCCCCACACAUAAACUGAAGCCCACUAGAUCCUCAUCCGAAAGCUCCUGUUCCAGACCGGGCUCAUGCACUCCGGGGAGUCCGGGUCGAACGAUCUGUGCAAAACUAGAUAAUGAGAUCAUUGAUUACCGACACUUAGCAGCCAUUCCCAGAGUCAAGGCUAUAUAUGAUAUAGAGCAUCCUGAAAUGAUAUCUUAUAAGUCUGUGAACAACUCAUCUACUUUGGACAACAAAGACAACAGACAGGAAAAGCAAAGCCCUUCAGAGUCACCAGGAAACAUAAAUAAAACUCCGGAGGAGAGUUUUGAAGUCAGAAAAUGCAUACCAACAUCUCCAAGCCACAGAUCUUUUGGAGUCCAUGCAACACACAAUCGUCACAGCUACACUCCAACUCUGUCCAGAUCACCACAACACUUCCACCGGCCAGGAUUGAUGCUUUCUCCCUCUUUGUUCUCCGGCAACAAUGACACAUGCCCCACUUCCCCUUUAUGUCACCACUUUCUCUCUCCCACCAAAGAUGAAGGCUUCAACAUGUACAGGAGGCCUCCAAUUUAUAAACAGCAAGAUCCAAAUUCCUUGACAUCCCACACGUCCUCUCUGCCUGGAUAUGGUCGCAGUGGCCUCAAUCCGCCACGUUCAGCUGAUUUCUCCCAUUACAGCAGUGACAGAUUCAGAGACUUUAAGCUCAGCCAUGACGGUCAACAUCCAUUAGCACCAAUGGAAAGAGGAGUGUCUAUGCCUAACUUGUCGGAACCAAAAGUCUACCCGUAUGAACUGCUUGCAGUUAGUAGUAGAGGGCGAGUGAAGCUCCCCAUGGAUGUUGACAGAACAAGACUGGAGGUACAGUAGCAUCGACACCUAUCCCCGGACUCAUUCUUUGAGAUCUUUGGCAUGGAUAGUCAAGCCUUCAACUUACUUCCACUGUGGAAACGUAAUGACAUGAAGAAGAGGGCAAAUCUCUUCUAAAUGCUGCCUAUUGCACUCAUUGUUGAUAUGCAGUACAUGUCAUGUUCUGAUGACCCUUUAUGUUUAUUUCUCUGCAUUUGACACAAAAAUUAGAUUUUUUUUUUUUUUGCCUAAGAACUGGACACAAUAGUGUGUUUCCCAGUUAGUUUCUGUAGGCUAUUGUAAUGAAUAAUGUUUGAAUGUGUAAUACCUCAAAACAGAUAGGAACAUGAGUCUUGUUGUCACCUUUGAGAGCAGACACCAGACUGUUUCAAACCAACAAUUGACGUUGACUUUUGUGACAUUUACCAAUGCAGAAAAUCUUUACGUUACUUAGGCUUAACCUUUAAGAGAAUUUCCCAUAUACCAUUCAUUUAAUAUUUUAUUACAUACAUAUUAUUAUAAGAUACUUCUUGAAUAUCUGCUCAUGGGAACUACAAGAUGGAUCAGGAUAGGCACAUUAAGGAUCAUGUGUCAACAUGUAGUUUAAUGCAUUAGAAAUUUUACUUUUCCAUUUGCCUUCUGAAAAUUAAGGAAUUACUGAUUUCAGAACACAGUUUGAGAGUGGUUAGGGUAUUUAUGGUGUUUGAAGUCAGAUACAUUGAUUCCUAAAAUGGUUGUGAAGCUAGUUAAAGUUAGGUUGUCCUUAUUAAAAGCCUUUGUCCAUCAUUACUAUUACCCUUUUUGAAUAAUAUGUCAUGAUACCUGAUGUAUGGUGCAGUGAUGGGUACAUAGCCUGUUAUCAACCCGUCAUUCUGAUGCAAUAUAUGAAAGGUCUCCCUCAAUGUUGUCAUUGUUACUUGUAUAUUAUAUUUUUGUUAUUCAGUUGAUUCUCACUUUGUUGUCUUAUGGUUACACAAAUGUUUAAACACAAAACUGAAAAGACAGGAUUUUUAUUUCACUCAAUGGUCACUGAAAUGUGCUUAUUUAUACUAUAGGACUAUUUAAGAUGAUUUGACACUUUUAACAGUUUUUGUUUUGUUUCCCUCUAACUUAUCAUUGCAUAUGUUACAUUCACACUGCUGUCCGAGCACACCACCUCAAUCACCCCUGAAUAAAAUAUUUAUACUUCUU